AUGGGAACGGGAUGGGAACGGGAUGGGGAUGGGCGUAGGGAUGAGGAUGCGGACGAGGAAGGAGGCAGUGAUUUGUCCUGGGACGGAGAUGGGGAUGGGGGCGGUGAAGUGAAUGCUGAUAGGAAGGGGGUCGGUGAUGGUGACAGGGAUAUGGAUGGGGACAGGGAUGGUGAUGGGGACAAGGCUGUCCCCCGCCCCUCCCGCGGCGGGGCGAGAGGCGGGCAGCAGCAGCAGGGCCGUGGAGCCGCUGGCCGAGCGGGUCGAUGGGCCCGGCCCCGGGCGGGGCGGGCGCUCGCGGGCUCGGGGAUGGAUUGCCGCUGUCCGGCGCGGGCGGGCGGUGCCGCCGCCGGACGGAGCGCGGGGGGCGCCGGGCCCGGCGCGGCCUCAGGUACCGGGAGCGGGGCCGGGAACGGGAGCGGGGCUGGGAACGGGCGGGUCCCGGCGCUCCGCGGGUGGCGCGGGCGAGAGGCCCCGCAGGGCUGA